UAAGACAACCCACGGCUGCUUGCGCUCACCCCUUGUGCUCAGUGAGUUCACGACUUGUGCCGUUACUUUGUGGAGAAGAAUAACCGGUUUCAUUUCAAACAACUGCUCCGUCUUCCACAGCUGCCCCCCGAACAAAGAAACCAUGGUCCAAGCUAAGACCUGGAUCCUGACUAAGCACUUUGACGGCUUCCCAAAGGACAGCGACUUUCAGCUCAAGGUGGAGGAGCUCCCUGCACCCAAAGAUGGGGAGGUGCUUUUGGAAGCCGUGUUUCUCAGUGUCGACCCGUACAUGAGGCCGUUCAGUAGGUUUCGCAUGAAGGAAGGCGAUGUCAUGAUCGGAAGUCAAGUGGCCAAAGUGGUUCAAAGUAACAAUCCAGCGUUUCCUGUGGGAAGCCACGUUGUUGGACGCUGUGGCUGGAGAAGCCACACAGUCUGUGAUGGGAAGGACCUGAUUCCCAUCAUGCCUGACUGGCCGCAAGACGUCUCCUUGUCUCUGGCCCUGGGCGGCAUCGGCAUGCCAGGACUGACGGCCCUGUCCGGGAUAGAAGAGGUCUUGGGGCUCCAGGAGGGUGAGACCCUACUGGUGAAUUCUGCCGCGGGGGCGGUGGGCUCCAUGGUGGGCCAGAUCGCCAAGAUCAAGGGCUGCAAGGUGGUGGGUUCAGCAGGCUCCGAUGCCAAAGUGGCUUUUCUCAAAGAACUGGGCUUCGACGAGGCCUUCAACUACAAGACUGUUGGUUCCCUGGAGGAGGCUCUGAAGAAGGCUUCUCCCGAAGGAUACGACUGCUUCUUUGAAAAUGUGGGAGGCCCUUUUUCAAGUGUUGCCAUACAACAGAUGAAGACCUUUGGAAGAAUAGCCGUGUGUGGAGCUAUUUCCACAUACAAUGACACCACGCCCCAAACAGGCCCAUACCCCCACCUAACCAUGAUCCUCAAGCAGCUUAAGAUGGAGGGCUUCUUGCAGGGCAGGUGGGAGCACAAGCAGCCCGAGUCCCUCAAGAGGCUGAUGGGAUGGUUGAAAGAGGGCAAACUGCAGUGUCGGGAGCACAUCACAAGAGGCUUUGAACAGAUGCCAGCUGCUUUUAUGGGGAUACUGCAGGGAGAAAACGUCGGCAAGGCUGUUGUUGCCGUCUGAUGUGGCGAAGAAUCAGUAUUAUUAUUAACCUACACAUAAUUUCAUGAAUCAUACAUGAAGGACUUAGCCAUAUACAUUAAUAAAUAACCAGUCGUAUCCAAAUGAACAUGAUGUCCAUGAAAAGAAAUGUGAUUUUUGUAAUGUUUAGCAUUAGUUCAGGAGUUACUGUUUGACAGUUCCAUUCAUGCUUUAAAAUUCAGAUGGUUUUAUGAAACUGGACCCUACAGCUAGGUUUUGUAUUAGAUCAGAGCGCUGUGUGCAAUCUGCGGAGGACAACACAAGGUUGCCGGUCUGCUAUGCCACCAAGUACUUGGACGAGAUGUGUGGAUCUGCUGCUGAUGCAUUUGUAUAAUAUUCACUGAAACAAAAUUAACCAUGUGCUUUGCAUUUAGGUAAUAAAAUGUUCUGUUGACAUCA